CAUUUGUUCUCAAACAGCGUGUCUGGCUGUAUAUAUGAAAAAAUAUAGCUGCCUUCAUAUUUGGAGAUUAUUUGCAUUAAAAAGUUAUAGGCUACUGUAUGCAGACUAUAGCAUUGUGUUUCAUAAAUCAUGCAGGGGCACCUCAGAAAGCCCCAACAUUACGUAACGAUCACAUUGCAUGGAUUGCAGUAUCUUGGAGUGGCCUCUGGCUGUGAUCUGAAGUAUUGAAUUAUUGCGCGGCCAUUUUUGAGUUGAGAAAUUUGGAGCUCACUUGAAUCAGCGUUGCUCGUCAACAAACACUAGAGCUGAAACGACGCGAUAACGAACAGAAAACACAACAAACAUGCGUCUUUACCAAACUACGCGGUUAAAACACAUCUGCAUUGGAAAUGUAACGGUGUCUAGAGUUAAGGAACGUUACAAAACAGUGAGUGCUGUAGGUUCAAGAUGUUUGUUGGGUCUGAAGUUUUCAUGCACAGGUGUGUCUGGACCAUGUUACCUGCAGAAGGUACAGACAGAUAUCUGGAAUGGGUUGAUUUAUACAACAAACAGAGCUUAUAACACAUACAGGAAACAUUUUAUUCGUACCUUUUCAUCAAAAUACACAUAUGAAGACGCGUUCGGCCUGGCACGUGACAACCCCGAAAAGUUCUGGAGUGAAGCGGCAGAUGGUAUCACUUGGUUUGAACACUGGACUCAGACUCUGGAUAAUACGGAUACAGUGUUUCCAAAAUGGUUUGUUGGAGGAAAGCUGAACAUGUGUUAUAAUGCUGUCGAUCGGCAUGUGGGGGAUGGAAGAGCCGAUCAAGCAGCUGUCAUUUAUGACAGUCCGGUUACGGGCACUAAACAGGUCAUCACAUACAGAGAAGUGCAGGAGCAGGUGUCCAGGUUGGCGGGUGUCCUGGUGAGGCAUGGUGUGAAGACGGGCGACCUGGUGGUGAUCUAUAUGCCUAUGGUUCCUCAGGCCAUGUUCACCAUGCUGGCAUGUGCCCGUAUUGGUGCCACCCACAGCCUCAUAUUUGGAGGAUUUGCCUCCAAAGAGCUCUCCUUCCGCAUCGACCAUGCUAAGCCCAAGUUGCUGGUGACAGCAUCAUUUGGCAUCGAGCCGGGCAGAAGAGUAGAGUACAUUCCCCUGGUUGAGAAAGCUCUGGAGCUCAGCAGUCACAAACCACACAAAGUCCUCAUCUACAACCGUCCCAGCAUGGAAAAGGUGUCUAUGUGUCCUGACCUGAGCUUGGACUGGGAGGAGGAGAUGGCCACUGCCCGCCCUCACGACUGUGUGUCCGUCCCCGCUCAUCAUCCUCUGUACGUCCUGUACACCUCCGGCACUACUGGUACUCCUAAGGGUGUCGUCAGAGAUUCAGGAGGAUAUGCUGUGAUGUUAAACUGGACCAUGUCUAACAUUUACGGACUAGCUCCUGGUGAGGUCUGGUGGACUGCGUCUGACCUUGGCUGGGUGGUGGGCCACUCGUAUAUCUGCUACGGUCCACUUCUACAUGGCAACACCACUGUGCUCUACGAGGGCAAACCUGUGGGGACUCCGGACCCUGGGGCCUUUUUCCGUGUGAUGUCUGAGCAUGGGACAGCCUCCAUGUUUACCGCACCCACUGCUAUCAGAGCCAUUCGCCAACAAGACCCUCAGGCAGAACACGGCAAACAGUAUCCGCUCAGCAGGCUGAGAAACUUGUUUGUUGCUGGAGAACGCUGUGAUAUAGAGACCCUCCAAUGGGCCAAGAGGAGUUUUGGAGUUCCAGUGAUGGAUCACUGGUGGCAAACUGAAAGUGGCUCUUCCAUCACUGCGUCUUGUGUUGGUCUGGGCUGCUCACUCACUCCCCCUGCUGGUACAGCUGGCAAAGCCGUGCCCGGAUACAACGUGACAGUGAUUGAUGAUGAAAUGCAACAGGUGAAACCAAGGACUCUUGGAAAUAUUGUGGUAAAGCUUCCUUUGCCUCCGGGGGCAGCUCUCAGUCUCUGGCAGAAUCAGAUGCUGUUUAAGGAGCUGUACUUCACUAAGUUCCCU